UACUUGUGCUCUAUUCCCACAGUGGGACGGGCACAAGGGGGUCUGUGCUUUAUAUGAACUCCAGUAUUGCUGGAGUGUUUUCUAUAGAGAUACGCUGCCAUUUUUCUCCAUUACAUACAGACACCAUCAACCAGAGCUGGGCUACAUCUACAAGACCCCCGGGCCACAGAAUAACAGCACACUCAUUCAUCUGAAGAGGACAAGACCAUAGAAGAUUCAAGCAAAGACAGUCUCAUAAGUCAGAAGUCAGACAGUAGUGUUGUCGUGGAGUGAUGGGGGACUGGAGUCUCUUGGGUAAUUUUCUGGAGGAGGUGCAGGAGCACUCCACAUCAGUGGGGAAGGUGUGGUUGACCGUGCUGUUUAUCUUCCGUAUCCUGGUGCUGGGUACGGCGGCGGAGUCAUCGUGGGGCGACGAGCAGUCCGACUUCAUGUGUGACACACUACAACCCGGUUGCACUAACGUCUGUUAUGACCGAGCUUUCCCCAUUGCCCAUAUCCGCUACUGGGUGCUGCAGAUCGUCUUCGUAUCGACACCAUCCCUCAUAUACAUGGGUCAUGCCAUGCACACCGUCCGCAUGGAGGAGAAGCGGAAACGGAAGGAGCAGGAGGAGAAGGGUGAGGAGGGAAAAGGUGAGAAGGAGUAUUUGGAACAGUCAGAGAAACCCGAAGAUGCAAAGACAAAGAUCCGCCUAAAGGGGGCGCUGCUGCAAACUUACGUCCUGAGUAUUGUGAUCCGCUUGGUCAUGGAAGUGACUUUCAUUGUUAUCCAGUACUGGAUGUAUGGAAUCUUCCUGAAUGCUCUGUAUCCUUGUGAAAUGACACCUUGUCCCAAUCGUGUGAAUUGUUACAUGUCACGUCCAACGGAGAAAAACGUCUUUAUUGUGUUUAUGCUGGCGGUGGCAGCAGUUUCACUGUUCCUGAGCGUGCUAGAACUAUACCACCUCGGAUGGAAACAGUGCAAGCGAUGCCUUCGAAAAUACGCUGACAAACACUCCAAUGAUGUCAAAAGCAAAAGCACCAAAGUUGUUUCUGUAGUCCAACCCGGCAAGAUGAGUAUUCCAAUGGAUCUGCCUGAGUCGACUCAGCAACAUCCCUCUCAAACCUGCACCCCACCCCCAGAUUUCAAUCAGUGCCUAGCAUCAAACCAACGUCCAACAUCACCUCCGCAUCUUCAUCACCAACAUCUUCAUCAUAUACACCAAAACUGCCAGCCCUUCACCAACCGCCUGGCCCACCAGCAGAAUUCCGUCAACAUGGCCACCGAGUGGCAUCACCAAAGCCACAAUGAUCUAGAGCCAGCUGUGGACUUCCUGCAGAUGACCUACGAGAGCCCUGAGGUCCAAGUACCGGGUGAGAUGACACCCAGCGCCCCUUCCACGCCAUCCUCCCAAGCAGGCUGCUUCAGAGACAAGCGUCGGCUUAGCAAGACUAGUGGUACUAGUAGUAACCGAGUCAGACCAGGUGAUCUGGCCGUGUAGGUUGGGUUAGAGGACCGUCCCGGAGGAAGAGAAGCUGGGAGUGUGAACUAGCCUUAAAAUGAGAGAUAUACACUACCAGUCAAAAGACUUUUAAUGCCUUUUUAAGAACGCUCUUCUGCUCACCAAGCCUGCAUUUAUUUGAUCCAAAAUACAGCAGAAACAGUAAUAUUUCGAAAUAUUUUUACUAUUUAAAAUAACUGCUUUCUAUUUGAAUAUAUUUUAAAAUGUCAUUUUUUUCUGUGAUCAAAGCUACAUUUUCAGCAUCAUUACUCCAGUCUUCAGUGUCACAUGAUCCUUUAAAAAUCAACUAAUAUGCUGAUUUGCUGUUCAAGAAACAUUUAUUAUUAUUAUUAUCAAUAUUUAAAACAGUACAUUUUUAAGGACUGUUUGAUAAAUAGAAAGAUCCAAAGAUCAACAUUUAUUUGAAAUAUAAAUAAUAUUGUAACAUUAUACACUACCAUUCAAAAACUUUUUAAUAAUAAUAAAAACAUAAAAAAAUUUUAUAUAAAAAAAGAAUAAAAGCAAAUUAAUAAUAAGAAAUGCUUUUGGAGCAGCAAAUCAGAAUAUUAGAAUGAUUUCGGAAGGAUCAUGUGACUGGAGUAAUGAUACUAAAAAUGCAGCUUUGUAACCACAGGAAUAAACUACAUUUUAAAAUAUAUUCAUAUAGAAAACAGUUAUUUUAAACAGUAAAUAUAUAUUUCACAAUUUUACAGUUUUUGCUGUACUUUGGAUCAAAUAAAUGCGGGCUUGGUAAGCAGAAGAGACUUCUUUGAAAAAAAAAAAAAACAGUAAAAAUCUUACUGUUCAAAAACUUUUGACUGGUAUUGUAGAUGCGAGGGGCGUGCAUGCUUGUGUGUUGGUACUACAAGAUGGGACUGGGAUAAGAAAGACUUAAAUAACACCAUGAAUCAGAGGAUAAUGGGAGUGUGUAAAACAGAGAGAGAAUCUGUAUCAGAGCAUUUAAUCUGGUUUCAUUGAAACUGUUGUUGUAAGUGUAUGUAGAUUUUUAUAGGGUGGAUCAAAUAAUCCUGAAUAAAGGGUGUUGAUAUGUUUAGAUGAAUGGAAGAUGAAAGGACUGCUGAAAUAAAUUUGUGACAUUGACAAGAUAGUACUGGAUAGUUUUGCACACUUAUAAGGUUCAUAUAUUAAGAAAAACAGUUUUAAAAUUCUUUAUUUGAGCCAAAAAGCAAUAAAGCACUUAUCAAACACAAGAUCAUAGCAAAAAGUAAGUAAAUAAAUAAAUAAAAAAAAAAAAAAAAAAAAAAA